AUCGGAGUGGCGGCGGAGACCGGUGGCGCGUCCCCCGCUUUAGCCGCCAUGGGGAAGGAGAAGAAGAAGGAAAGCGGAUGGAAAGAGGGACAACACAGAGAGCGGCACUAACUAAAAGAGAGCAGAGAUGCCUUUCGCCAGUGAACGAGCGAUCGUAGGAGAGCUACGUGUCCACACUCGACAGGCGCACGCGGUUUCCCAUCUACCGAACCCGAACAACUCGUAUUGCAAAAUACGCGGAGUCUCCGUCGACUCAUCGGCGAUCUGGUUCCAGAUGGCUGGCUAUCCUCCCGGCUCCGGUUACCCUCCUUACGGCGCUCCUCCGGCGGGACAACCCUACGCCUACGGCAGCCCUUACGGCGCCCCCCCGCCUCCCCACGGAUCCUCCGCACCUUCAGCGCCUCCGGCGGGCGCGAAGCCGCCUAAGGAGGGCAAGGCCCAGAGCUACGGACAGCCCGGGUACUACGGCCACUCCGCUCUCCCGGUAGCGUCCGCCCCGCCUCAUCCUUAUCCGGCACCGUAUGGCGCCGACCCGUUUGCGUCGCUCCUUCCGUCGGUGUUUCCGCCGGGGACGGACCCCAACUUGGUGGCGUGCUUUCAGGCCGCGGAUCGCGACGGAAGCGGGAUCAUCGAUGAUAAGGAGCUGCAGCAGGCGCUUUCGUCCUACAACCAGAGCUUCAGCAUGAGGACCGUCCAUCUCCUUAUGUACUUAUUCACCUCCACCAACGUCCGGAAGAUCGGGCCAAAAGAGUUCGCAUCUGUCUUCUACAGCCUUCAGAGCUGGAGGGCUAUCUUUGAGAGGUUCGAUCGUGACCGCAGUGGCAGGAUUGACACUACAGAGCUCCGUGAAGCCCUUCUGAGUCUGGGCUUCUCUGUUUCCCCAUCAAUUCUCGAUUUGCUCGUUUCCAAGUUUGACAAAUCCGGAGGCAAAAGCAAAGCCAUUGAAUAUGACAACUUCAUCGAGUGCUGUCUCACAGUUAAGGGCUUGACAGAGAAAUUCAAGGAGAAGGACACCAAGUAUUCAGGUUCAGCAACUUUCACUUAUGAAUCUUUCAUGUUAACCGUGUUGCCCUUUCUCAUUGCGUAAUUGCAAUUGCCUUUAGUUACCGAUUGGCAAAAGCUCUACUACUUUUUUUUUAUAUGUUGGUUGUUAGCUGUUUGUGAGCAUCUUCCAGGUAGCAAGUGAAAAGUGUUGCUUUUGAUUGGCAUGUGCUUGUGUGCUAGUUCUGAAAUUAUAGUAAUAAUUGCAAAAAUAUAUGAAUCCUAAACCAUGGUUGCCA